GGAUUUGAAACAUCUUAUCUAAUCUAAACUUUAUAAUUUCCACUGAAAUUUAUUAUCUUCAUUUUGAUAAUCAGAAAUGAAGUGAUGCACUGGAAAAUCGAAAACGUUAAAUUCAUUUUUAUUUCUUGUUUCAUUAUUUGUUAAAAUGUCGAACAGAACUCAUGCUAAUCGUGAUGACAGUGAUGAUGAACAGCCAGCAGGAUCUUGGUCGGACCUGUUCGUAGGAGCGGCUGCAGCUGUUGCUGUUGCAGCUGGAGCUUUUUACGUUGGAAAAAAAGUUGUGGAUAGUUUUUCUACUUCACAACUUGUUUGUUCAAAUAUCAGCGAAUGUCAAGAAAUUGUGAACAAAAUUAAGAAUGAUGUAAAAGAAUAUCCUGUAAUCGGAUUAAAUUGUCAAUGGACUUAAACUUUUACAUCAGACUAUCGGAAUCCAAUUGAUUUACUUCAAUUAGCUUCGCAUAAAGGAAACAUUUUAUUAUUAAAAAUAAAAGAUUCUUCAAGUUUUCCAUCAGAAAAAUAAAAAGUUUGUUGCGUGAUCGUUCAAUAAUUAAAGCUGGAAUUGAAGGAACUAAGGACGCAUUAUAUCUGAUGAAUGACUACGGAUUGGAAGUAAAUGGAACUUUUGACUUGCGAUUUAUUGAGGAAAAGUUGGGUGGAAAACCAGAAGGUCUUCCAAAAUUAGCAAGGAAAUAUUUGAACGUUGAUCUUGAUCAAAGCAUCACUCUAACAAAGUGGAAUAAAAACGAAUUGGAUCAACAACAAUUGGAUUACGCUAGACAAUCUGUGAAAGCUUCAAUUGAUUUAUUUGUCCUAUUGAUGAAGAAAGUUUUGCCAAAUCCAACAAUUUCAACUAUUUUCAGUUAUUGCGAACCAGAUUUGGACACACGAUUUGUAUAUUACAGUCAAAAUUAUUGAAAAUAAAGGCAGAAAGAAUUGAAAAUUCCAUCAAUUUUCAUUCAACGAUUG